AUGGCUGAAGAACUACAAAAAGUUCAUUUAUAUUACGAUGACAUUAACAAAAUCAGAGUCAUAGAAAACAAUGUACUCAAAGAAACAGAGGAUCUGAAGGAUACAUGCAAGGAUUAUGACACAAAGAUUCAAGAUUUCGGGAAGAUAAUCAACACUCUUCUAGAGGUGCUGAAGGAACUUGGAGAUAACGUGGAGAAAAAAAAAAUGGCUGCUAUUGGUUCCAUGAAUCUUUUGAAGUCUAUAUCCAAAGAACGCGAAGCUGAACAAGCUAAAUUACAAGCUGAAAUUAAUGACAAAUCCAUGAUAUUAGAACAAUUGGAUAGUGAAUAUGAUGCUCUUCAGAUUUUAGAAGCAACACAGAUGGAAACUAUUGAAUACUUGACUCAAAUCAGAUAA